AUGUCACAGAAGAGAAAAUUGUCUACAGAUGUAGUGGUGGCAGCUGCUGAUACAAUCAUGAAUUACAAACCUAACAAUGCAACUGUAAUAAAAACUGAGAUUAAAACUGAGCAGGAGGAGUUAGAAGGAAAGUUGAUGAAUCCAAUAGCAGGAGAGAAAUCUCUCAAGUGUAAUGAAUGCUCCUCAUCUUUCUCAGAUAAAUCUAAUCUCACAAGACAUCAGCGUAUCCACACUGGAGAGAAACCUUUCAAGUGUAGUGAAUGCUCCUCAACUUUCUCUCAGAAAUCUCAUCUCAGAACACAUCAACUUAUUCACACAGGAGAGAAACCUUUCAAGUGCAAUGAAUGCUCCUCAUCUUUCUCUCGGAAAUCUCACCUCACAACACAUCAGCGUAUUCACACUGGAGAGAAACCGUUCAAGUGUAAUGAAUGCUCCUUAUCUUUCAAUGAUAAAUCUAAUCUCACAAAACAUCAGCGUAUCCACACAGGAGAGAAACCUUUCAAGUGUAGUGAAUGCUCCUUAUCUUUCUCUCAGAAAUCUAAUCUUAGACGACACCAGCUAAUUCACACUGGAGAGAAACCUGUCAUGUCAAAAGAGUGA